AUGGCGGUGGCUUUGCAGAUAACACUGGAUGUGUACGUGACAGUGACCACAAUGGAGCAAGAUUGCAUUUUGUCUCAGGAGCUGAUCACUCAAACCGCUCGGCUAGGAGAAGGAAUUAUGCAGCUGAAUCCUCAUGGGGAACAGUGGACUCCUGUUAUAAAGAUAGAAUCAUCUCUGUGUUACUUACUGACUAUAAGAGUCAUAAGAGCAAGAAAUAUCCACCAGGCAGAUGUCUUAAGCCAGACUGAUUGCUAUGUGAGGCUGUGGCUGCCAACUGCUUCAACCGACAAAUUUCAGACUAAAACCAUCAAGAACUCUAAAGACCCAGUCUGGAAUGAAACCUUCUACUUCAGGAUCCAGAGUCAGGUCAAGAAUGUGCUGGAGCUGGCGCUCUAUGAUAAGGAUGUGGUUACUCAAGAUGACCACCUCUUCACAGUGUACUUCGAUAUAGCCAAACUUUCCCUGGGAGAGCAAGUCUUCAUGCACUUCAAGUGCGAUUCACAGAGGCAAGAGGAGCUAGAGGUGGGAUUUGCAUUGGAUAAUAUUUCAGGCCCUCCUGAAACCAUCAUUACUAAUGGAGUACUAGUGUCUCGCAAAAUCUGCUGCUUGGAAGUCCAGGUGGUUGAGAAGAAGAAGAAGAAGAAAAAGGAGAAGAAAUCUUUAUCAAGGAAAGAAUUCUCCUUUAAAGUGCAAGGCUCUUAUGAAGGCACCCAAGGCAUUAUGCUGGGAUCUGAUCUGGUCUUCAGUUCCUCCUCUCCUGCCAAAUUCCACUAUGCCAGAUACAAGCAGCCAACACUGGAUGUUACGCUACCAGGGAAGAAACGACCUCCCUCCUUUCGCUCCCGUGUGUAUGAUACAGGCUGUCCAAACGUGCAACUUCAUUCCCUUCCAAGUGGAAAAAACAUGAUCUUAGCAGAGGAUAAAGGAUUUGAUUUAUAUAUGAAGGCAGAAGACUGCCCAGACCACCUUGAUGUGCGUUUAGGGUUUGACCUCUGCGUGCAGGAGCAAGACUUUCUAUGCAAAAGGCAGAAGUAUGUUGCUCCUGCUCUGAAGAAGGUCCUGCAGCUGGAACAGGAUCUGCUGGACCAUGAGACCCCAGUGGUGGCCAUCAUGACUACGGGAGGAGGGAUGAGAUCUUUGACCGCGCUGUAUGGCAGUCUGCGGGGGCUCAAGAAACUCAAUGUCUUGGACUGUGCCACGUACCUGACUGGCUUGUCUGGUACUACAUGGACCAUGUCAAACUUGUACAGAGAUGCUGACUGGUCACAAAAGGAUCUCGACGAGCAAAUCAGCGAGGCUCAAAAACAUAUGACAAAAUGCAAAAUAAAUUCCCUUUCCUUGCAGUAUUUGAAGUAUUACAAAAAGCAGCUGUGUCAACGGAAAAGAGAGGGCCGCAAAACAUCUUUUAUAGAUCUCUGGGGGCUUGUCCUGGAAUCUUUGUUGCAUGAUGGGAAAGACAACCACAGACUCUCUGAUCAGCAACGCGCUAUUGAUCGUGGUCAGAACCCAUUGCCUAUCUAUACUGCUGUCAAUGUCAAGAACAACUAUAGCACUCUGGAUUUCAAAGAAUGGGUGGAGUUCACCCCUUAUGAGGUGGGAUUGCAAAAAUAUGGAGCUUUUGUUCGCGUUGAGGAUUUUGGCAGUGAGUUCUUCAUGGGUCGGUUGAUGAAGAAGGUCCCUGAAUCCCGGAUCUGCUUCUUAGAAGGCAUGUGGAGUAGUUUAUUUUCAUUGAAUGUGUUAUAUAUCUGGAAUUUGUCCCAUUCUUCAGAAGAUUUCUGGCACAGGUGGACCCAGGACAAAAUCGACAAUAUAGAGGAGGAACCCCUCCUACCGCUGAAGCCACACGAGCUGAGGACUCGCCUGUUCACCCCUCCCGGCCCCCUCGGCAGUGCUCUUCGGGGCGCUCUUUCUGACCGCCUCUGCGUUGCCCAGGAGCACAACUUCCUAAAGGGUUUCCAGAUGCAUAAUAACUACCUGGAGAACAAGCACUUCUGCAGAUGGAAAGAUACUGUGUUAGACACAUUUCCCAACCAGCUGACACAAUCAGAGGAAUUCCUGUCUCUGGUAGAUACGGGAUUUUUCAUCAAUACAAGCAUCAUGCCACUUUUAAAACCAGAGAGAAAGGUGGAUGUCAUCCUGCAUUUAAAUUACAGUGCUGGAUCCCAGAUACAGGCUCUGGACCAGACCUGCAAGUACUGCUCGGAGCAGGGAAUUCUUUUUCCCAGGGUCGACUUGAGUGAAGAAGACAGGAAAAACCUGAAGGAGUGUUACCUCUUUGAUAGUGCUGAGUCUCCAGGAGCACCAGUGCUGCUAUUUUUCCCACUAAUUAAUGAUACCUUCCAAAAAUACAAAGCACCAGGUCAGAUGCGCUCGGAGUCAGAGAUGGAAGAUGGCAAAGUUGAUCUCUAUGGCUGCUGUUCCCCUUAUUCAACAUAUUCAAUUCAAUACACUGAGAAGGCAUAUGACCGUCUGGUUCGGCUGGGUGAAUACAACAUCCUGAAUAAUGAGGACCUCAUUUUGCAGGCCUUGCACACAGCAGUGGCACGGAAGAGGCAGAAAAGGAAAUAA